UAUUUAGUAAAACGUUUUCAGCGGCAAAGUGUUUUUGUUGAUUCUUUCGUUUUGGCGGAAUUUUAGUUUAAAAUUAAUUAUUUUCGAUUAAUAUUUAACAAAUAGAAUGUCAGAUGACGACGACAUACAGUACGUAAAGCGACAGCGUACCCUGCAUUAUGGCUCGCUGGAGGAGGCGGAGCGAAAGCGUCAAGCAGCCGGCUCUGCAGCGUCCUCAACAACCGGAGGAGGAGCAGCGGCAACAGCAGCAUCAACAGCCACAACAGCAGCCUCAUCAACGGCUGCGGCAGCGACAUCGACGGGAGCACAACAGACAACGACGCAGACGACGGGGGCAGGUUCAGCAACAUCCACGACCACGGGAGGACAGCUGGAGGAUAUAGACUCCGAUGAAGACUAUGAGGAAUCAGCUAAGAAAUCUGCAGGUGCCACAAAAGGUGGACAACAGACGCCUCCAACAGCCGCUGUCUUGGCCCACAGGAUCGAUGAUGAUUACUUCGAUUUGGAGGCAGAAAUGGAACGCGAUACAGUGGCUCUGCUGGAAGAAUUCGAACGCAAGAAGCGAGCGCGUCAGAUAAACGUGUCCACCGACGAUUCAGAGAUUAAAAACAAUCUGCGUCAGCUGAAUGAACCCAUUUGCUACUUUGGCGAAGGUCCGGCUGAGCGGCGACGCCGUCUAAAAGAACUUUUGGCUAGCCUGGGCGAGAACGCUAUCAAGCAGAAACAGGGCGAUGGAGAAGAAGAUCGCAAGCUGCAACAGCGUGAGCAGGAACAGACAACCUGGUAUCACGAGGGACCCGAUACGUUGCGUGUGGCCCGUCUCUGGAUGGCGGAUUAUUCGUUGCCACGUGCUCGCGACCGCCUGGAGCGAGCUAAAGAGGCCCUUGAAGUGCCUAGUGCCACACGAGCUGGCCGCAUGGUGGAGAUGCAAAAGAAAUUGCAAUCUUUGGCGCCACUCUGCUCCCAAGUGGGCGACACACGGCCUGUGAGUAGUGCCGCUUUCAAUGAAGAUUCUACAUUGCUGCUCACCUCCUCUUGGUCAGGACUAUGUAAGCUCUGGAGCGUGCCCGACUGUGGGUUGAAGCAGACACUGCGUGGUCAUGCCAGUUAUGUGGGAGGCGUAGCCCUACGGCCCGGCGUCAAAGCGGACGAGGAGAAUGUGGUGGCCAUGGCAUCGGGCGGCCAUGAUGGUGCCGUUAAGCUGUGGGGAUUCAAUAAUGAGGAAUCCAUUGCCGAUAUCACCGGUCAUAUGCCGCAUAGGGUAUCCAAGGUGUCAUUCCAUCCAUCCGGACGCUUUCUGGCCACUGCCUGCUAUGAUUCCAGUUGGCGUCUCUGGGAUCUUGAGCAAAAGACCGAGGUGCUGCAUCAAGAGGGGCACGCCAAGCCGGUUCAUUGUCUCAGCUAUCAGUCCGAUGGCAGUGUUCUAGUGACUGGUGGUCUGGAUGCCUUCGGACGGGUCUGGGAUCUGCGCACUGGACGCUGCAUAAUGUUUCUCGAAGGCCAUUUGGGUGCCAUCUUUGGUGUGGAUUUCUCGCCUAAUGGCUUUCACAUUGCCACCGGCUCCCAGGACAACACAUGCAAGAUCUGGGAUCUGCGGCGACGCCAGCCUGUCUAUACCAUUCCCGCGCAUACCAAUCUCAUUUCGGAUGUGAAAUACCAGCAGGACUGCGGUAGCUUUCUGGUCACCUGCUCCUACGAUUCGACAACCAAGAUCUGGUCGAACAAAACCUGGCAGCCGCUAAAAACGCUUCAGGGCCACGACAACAAAGUCAUCUCUGUGGACAUCUCGCCCAAUUCUCAGUAUAUAGCGACAACGUCAUUCGAUCGCACAUUCAAACUGUGGGCACCCGAUAGUUGAUUAUUUUGUUUGAUUUUUCAUUUUGAUUUCGAUAUUUUGAUUUUAAUUCUGAUUCCGUUUUCGUUUUUCGUUAAAUCAGACAAUAGCCCAAGAUACAAAAGUUUCCAAGCAAAAAGACUGGAAACUUUUCAAGUUUUCGUUUCGUUUGUAUAACAUUGAAUUUUGUUAUUUUAGUUAAGCGAAAAAAUACGGCAAGUGUGAGUAGUACAUGUUAGGAAUAACGCAUGGGAAAACAAACAUUUGCAUUUCGUAAAUUUAAGCAUUUUUAUAUAGAAAUUGUUAACAAAUAAAAGCAACAUUUUUUUUGGUA